AGUUCUCCGCUGAUCCCGUGCUCCGGGGCUAUUCCUCCGUGCCGUGUCGGGGCGCUUCUUCACCCGCCGCGAUUUCUCGACGUCCCCUCUGUGUGGGAGAGAUGGGCGGAAAAGGGCACGGCACGACCCCCGACAGAACUACGGCUCCCGGCGUGCACUGCGCUCUGGAGAACUCAACGGGGCGGCGGGCCGAACAUGGCGGUUGGUAAACGGAGUCGGAGGAGAGGCUGAGUUUUUUGUGUUUUUGCAAAAUUGAAGACAGAUCCCUGAUUAACAAUGCCUGCCAAAAUCGCUUUGCGACUAUCAGUCGAUUAAUCUUCAUGUGCAGCCUUGUUUGCUAUUGAUUUCUGAAUCAUGGGACGAAAGGGAGUUUGCUGCUGCUGUGCUGCGCUGCGACCUCGCUACAAGCGUCUGGUAGAUAACAUAUUUCCUGAAGAUCCAAAAGAUGGUCUUGUUAAAGCUGACAUGGAGAAGCUGACUUUCUAUGCAGUUUCUGCACCAGAGAAGCUGGAUCGAAUUGGGGCUUACCUUGCAGAGAGACUGAGCAGGGAUGUAGUCAGACAUCGCUAUGGUUAUGUUUUAAUUGCCAUGGAGGCACUGGAUCAACUUCUAAUGGCUUGCCAUUCUCAAAGCAUAAAACCAUUUGUGGAAAGUUUCCUUCAUAUGGUGGCCAAGCUGCUGGAAUCAGGCGAACCAAAGCUGCAAGUCCUUGGGACUAAUUCUUUUGUCAAAUUUGCCAACAUUGAAGAAGACACGCCUUCRUAUCACAGACGCUACGACUUCUUUGUGUCCCGGUUCAGUGCCAUGUGUCACUCAUGUGACCAUGAUCCAGAAAUACAAAAUGAGAUCCGAAUUGCUGGAAUCAGGGGCAUUCAGGGAGUGGUUCGAAAAACAGUUAAUGAUGAACUUCGAGCAACUAUAUGGGAACCUCAGCACAUGGACAARAUAGUGCCAUCAUUGCUGUUCAACAUGCAGAAAAUAGAAGAUAUUGACAGCAGAAUAGGCCCGCCGUCCUCUCCUCCAGGAAGAGAGAAAGAAGAAAAUCCUUCUGUUCUGGCUGAGAAUUGUUUCAGGGAACUCCUGGGACGAGCAACCUAUGGAAAUAUGAAUAAUGCUGUCAGACCAGUUUUUGCGCAUUUAGACCAUCACAGACUGUGGGAUCCUAAUGAAUUUGCUGUUUCCUGCUUUAAAAUCAUCAUGUAUUCUAUACAGGCACAAUAUUCCCAUCAUGUAAUACAAGAAAUUCUUGGACACCUUGAUGUCCGGAAAAGGGAUUCACCUCGAGUCCGUGCUGGUAUUAUUCAGGUUCUUCUGGAAGCAGUUGCAAUAGCAGCUAAAGGAUCAAUAGGCCCAACAGUUCUGGAGGUUUUUAAUACCUUGCUGAAGCACUUACGCAUCAGCGUUGAAUUUGAGCUGGGUGACAGGCGCAGUUCAGCAGGAAGUGCCACUUUGAGCACAAGCUCCAAGGAGAGUGACGAGAGGAUUGUCCAGAAUGCAAUUAUUCAAACAAUUGGAUUUUUUGGAAGCAAUCUCCCAGAUUACCAGAGAGCAGAGAUUAUGAUGUUCAUUAUGACCAAAGUACCUGUUUUGGGGUCAACUUCACARUCACUGGAUCCCAAUCACCUUGGUGAUUUGGGAACCAGGAGGAUUCAAAUUAUGUUACUGAGAUCAUUACUUAUGGUGACUUCAGGAUACAAAGCCACAACAAUAAGUAAUGCACUUCCUGGCACCUUUCUGGACCCGUUGCUGUCUCCUUCCCUCAUGGAAGACUCUGAGCUGAGGCAGCUGGUCCUGGAAAUCCUGCACAACCUCAUUGAUCGACAUGACAACAGAGCCAAGCUCAGAGGGAUAAGAAUAAUACCAGAUGUUUCUGAUCUAAAGAUAAAACGAGACAAGAUUUCAAGGCAAGAUGUAAGCUUCAUGAAAAAGCAUGGUCAGCAGUUGUACAGACACAUCUACUUGGGCUGCAAAGAAGAAGACAAUGUCCAAAAAAACUUUGAACUGCUGUUUACUUCUCUAGCUCUUAUCACAAUUGAACUGGCCAAUGAGGAAGUGGUUAUUGACCUCAUUCGAUUAGCCAUUGCCUUGCAGGACAUGGCCAUCAUCAAUGAGGAUAAUCUGCCAAUGUUUCAUCGUUGUGGUGUCCUGGCAUUGGUUGCAGCGUAUCUAAACUUCUUGAGUCAGAUGAUUGCAGUUCCUGCCUUUUGUCAGCAUGUCAGCAAGGUCAUUGAAACCAGAAGUGUGGAAGCAUCAUACUUUCUACCAGAAACAAUAUUCAAAGACAAAUGCGAUCUUCCAAAAUCCUUAGAGAAGGAUGAAACAGAUUUGUUUUUCCUGACGAACAAGAUUACAGAAUCAUUAGGAGGCAGUGGAUACAAUGUGGAGAGAUUGUCAGUUCCAUAUGUGCCCCAGGUAACAGAUGAGGACAGACUCUCCAGGAGGAAGAGUGUUGUGGACACAGUGUCUAUUCAGGUGGAUAUUCUGUCUGGCAACAACRCAGAGGAUAAGGUUGAUAAUACUGAAGAAAUCACCUUUGAAGCUUUGAAGAAAGCCAUUGAUAACAAUGGACUUGAAGAACAGGAAAAGGAAAAAMGGCGUCUUGUGAUUGAAAAGUUCCAAAAAGCACCAUUUGAAGAAAUUGCAGCUCAAUGUGAAACCAAAGCAAACUUGCUUCAUGAUAGACUGGCACAGAUACUGGAACUCACCAUCCGUCCUCCGCCUAGCCCCUCAGGAACGAUGACCAUUACUGCUGGACAUGCUCAUUACCAUUCUGUUCCAGUCUAUGAGAUGAAGUUUCCAGAUCUUUGUGUGUAUUAAGUGUCUUCUGAAGUCUGCUGGACAUUAUUUAGAGUAGAGUACAAUAGAAAGAACAAGAUGAGUUUUCAAAUUUUAUUGUUUAUUGUAUCUAACUUUAAUAUAAUGAUGGACAUGAGCCAAAUACAGAUUACUUUAGCCAAAUUCAUGAAACUGUCUUGAAUUGUUUUAUUCUGUAAUAUAUUUUAAGUUAGGUUUUUCACAGAUCAUGUUUCUUCAUUUUCAUAUUUGAUUACAUGUAAAAGUCAGAUUUAAAACUUGUCUUGCUAUAUAGGUAAAUAUUUCAGUUACUCUAGGAAUUUGUAUUGCUUCAAAUUCCUUUAAUUUGAGAUACUGUAACUGAAAAACCUAUUAAAGCUUUUUUUUKSYUUUUUUUUUGUUUGUUGGUUUGUUGGUUGUUGUUUUUUUUAUUUUUCACUCCUCUCCACCUCAAUUCUGUGUUGAACUAGAAUGCUUUUGGCUUGCCUCAUCUCAUUCAAUGUAACCAGUGGAG